AUGCAAGAGUGUAGUUUGGUGAUCAGAGAGCGACCUGCUAAUCAACCACAACACAGUCUCCCAACUGCUUCACAAGUAGCAGCCAUAACAGUCGGUGAUGACAUUGAAACAAUGGUGCGCGGACGAGAUAUCAAGGUUCAAACUCAUGCUGGCAAGUUAAGAUGGGUUCGACAAAGACAAAAGGAACUUCGAGUUGAACUAAAAUGUUGGCAAAAGAACGAUAUUACCAUCGUCGUUCGUGGGCAGUACAUGACUCAACGGUACGAGGAUAGAAUGGCUAUUAUUCUUAAAGAAGGCAAACCGGAUAUUUUUUUAACUAUGACAUGCAAUUCAUCAUGGUCAGAAAUAGCUUCGAAACUCAGUCCAACUCAAACUCCACAGGAUCAUCCGGAUCUAGCAACUAAAAUUUUCAGAGCCAAGUUCGAACAGUUAAAGCAGGAUGUUAUUACCAAAGGUGUAUUGGAAAAGUUUGGUCUGAGUGGAAUACCAUGUAAAGAAACAGAACCACACUUACAUGAGGCAGUGCUAAGGCAUAUGGUUUAUGGUCCUUGUGGGACACUAAAUCAAUCAUCACCGUGCAUGAAGAACGGUCAAUGUAAACUUGACAAUAGAUGGGUGGUUUCGUACAACCCUUGGCUACUACUGAAGUAUGAUUGUCAUCUCAAUGUACAGAUAUGCAGCAGUAUCAAGAGCAUAAAAUAUCUAUAUAAGUAUUGCUAUAAGGGACUAGACCGUGUGGCAAUGGAUGUUCACAGAAGUUCUCAUUAUGAUGAGGUGCAACAAUUUAUUGAUGCAAGAUGGAUUGCUGCUCCAGAGGUAUACUGGAGGAUAUUUAGAUUCAACCUUUACCAAAUGUACCCAUCAGUUGAAAGGUUGCAAGUUCAUUUGCCAAAUUAA